AUGUACGGAGAAUUAGGCAAUAAACUGGUUCAACACGCCAAACGCACCCAGUCCCUCGCCCACCUUCCACCGUACCAAACCGAGCUUGUCCGUACCGUCGCACGCGAAGUCCGCGACCUGGACCGCGACCUCGCCCACCUCCUGGCCCCAUUUGAAGGUUCCUUCAACCCAUCUCAAGAACCCGCCGUCGCGUGUGCCCUGCUAGUCGACCAUCUCUGCAUCCGGCGCAACAAGCGCUGCCUCCUAGCCUAUCACCGCGUGCGCACAGAGAAACUCGAAGAGCUAUGUUGGAAGGGAAUUGAUGUUCUAGAGCACCAGCAGGCGACUGCGGCGGGAGACGAUGGAGGACAAAUGGGAGGUCAGAACUCAGAGAGCACAGGCGCGCAGGGUACUAGUGGGAACGAGAGCUCGCUGAGCCCCGAAGAGGAAGAGUAUUUCCGGGAGUACAGCGACAUGCUAGCUACAUACAAGGGGCAGUGGACGGAUAUCGAUCUUACGGGGAGCUUGGAGCCACCGAAGGAUCUGUUUAUUGACGUGAGGGUUCUAAAGGAUGCGGGAGAGAUCCAAACGGAGUAUGGGGUCAUCAACCUAACGAAGAACAGCCAGCUUUAUGUGCGACAUGGCGAUGUGGAACGGCUCAUUGCGCAGGGGUUUCUGGAACAGCUGAGUUGA